AUGAAGGUGUCACCAGCAGCCCAAACAUCCCCUUUCUCCAAUCAGUCACCAUCACCACAGUUGCCUUUCGCAACACCAGCCCGUAUGACGGUCACGAUACCCACGACCCUCCAGCCUAUCAGCGAGAGUCCCGAGCGCCGCUCGGCGUCCUCAACUCCGACACUCUCAGAACCCCGCUUUGUGAGAGGCCACACUCGCCGUCGUUCCGCCCCGCCUACCGAUCCCACUCUCGAUCCGGCCACGGCCCUCGUGCUCGCACAAGCGAGGCUUAGCGCAGCUCAGGCUGAGACGACUCUUCAGCGGACGGCAGCGGAUGGACUGCGUGUUGCCAAUGCUCAACUCCGAUCGCAGAACAUGGAUCUCGAGGAGCGUGUGAAGGAGCUGGAGGCCCUGCUCAUUCAGCGCGAGGUGCAGCCUCUUACGCCAACGAAUACUGCGUCCAGCGGUGGUGACAGCAGGGACGCCAUCAAUCCUCCCAACGCCGACAGGAUCACUAGCCCCCGUCGUCUGAGCCAUCAUAGCACCGCUACCGACGUCAGUGCCGGCCCAAGCGAGCUGGAAGAACCAGCCACCACCUUGUGCAAAGUGUACGCCGACCUGCGGUCCGCUGAAGCGAGGCUGGAUACUGUGUACACGUAUGUGCGUGCCGAGCGUGCCGAUCCAGUGGAGAUCAGGGACACGCACUGGCCACUAUACUGCGCUAUGCAGCGGCUGCAGGCCACCUUCGCACGCCGCCCGAGAUAA